AUGAAUAGGAAUAAUAAUAAUAGAAACGAAGAAUUAUUAAGAGAAUAAUAUUGUAAAACAUAAGCAGAAAGAAUUCUAGACAAACAACUUUUCAAAAAGACUAAAGUAAUUUAAUUUAUAAAAUAGGGAUAACAAUUGCAUUAAAUGGAAAAAUAGAUUUAUGGAGAUUAAAAUAAAAAAGUGAAAGUUGAAGAAAGUUAAUAAAAAGAAUAAAUGAGUUGUUAAUAAGCAAUGAGUUUAGUCCUCAAAUAUUUAAAUAAUGAUAAUAAAAUAUUGACUGCUCUGAAUAAAAUUAAGUUACUAAUUAAGGAAUUUAAAAACAAAUUCUAUGAUUACCAUUUAUUAUAAAUACUUUAUUGCUUAUCAAUAACUAAGUAUUAAUUAAAGUAACACGAAUGUGAUUAAUUGGUUAUAGAAAUCUUUGAUCUCUGCUAAAUGCCUUAAUACACAUAAGUUUUAGAUAUAUUAAAAAUUCAAUUACAUAUCAAAAUUAAACUUUAAACUGAUGACACCUACUAAUUUAACAAUGUCUUGAAAGAAUUAAAAAAAAUAAUUGAUGAUUAAAACACUCUUUAAAUAUUAGAACCAAUAAAUAUUGUAUAAUAAAAUUCACUAUAAUAAAUUGAAACAUAUGAAUAUGAAAUCAUACCUGAUUUUGAUCAAUUUCUUGUAAUAUUUUUAAUUUAUAAUAGAAUAAUAAAGAAUUUUAAAGGAGAUAAUAAUAAUAAUAUAUAGUUAAUUGUUUAGAAGUAUUGGUUGAUCAAUUCAAAUAUUAAUGGGCCAAAACAAGUAUACAUACUUUCAUUUAAAAUUUGAAUUUUAAUCAAAAGUAUUCAUUUUAUUUAACUUAAUUAGAUAAUAAUUUGAUGAAUCUUUUAAAAAGUAAAUUGAUAUUAUCAUAAGUAAGAUUUAGAAUGCCAAAAUAAUUUAUAAUGCAAGUAAUGAUAGGGAGUAAGCUUAAAGUGCAAAACUUAUGUAAGAUUAUUUGAAACCUAUUCAUGAUGUUGUGGAUAGUCGUUCUUUUGUUAAUGCAGGGGAUGGUUUAGAUUAAUGGGGUUUAAAAUAGACUGGAUUAUGA